AUGGGUCGCCAAAACGUUGUUGUAGUCUUUGGUCUCGUGUUCUUGGCCGUUGUUGGCCUAGCCGCAGCUGCCUCCUCUCCUUCAGCGUCGCCAUCCAAAGCUCCGAAGUCUGCCCCUAAAACUGAGGUCGAAGCUCCAGUCACCGACGACCAGAUCGGAACCACCGGCGACGAUGCAGCUGCUUCUCCUGGUGAUGGUGACGUGGCAGUGGCCGGUCCUCUAGGAAGUGACUCCUCCUACGGUAGCAAUGGACCUUCAGGCUCUGACGAUUCUGCUGACAGUGGUGCCGCGGCUCUUGGUCUAUCUGCGGCCGUUGUUGGUGCUGCAUCCAUCGCCGGUUCUUUCUUGUUUCUCUGA